AUGACAACCCGAGGUCGGCCUCCUGGCCUCGUACGCCCAACCACUCUACCAGAUCCCACUCUCAAUGCACGCCCCGUACCAAGCUAUCGCAAUUUUGUCCCUUUCUCCUUCGGACAAGGGGCUGCAUCAGAAUUGACGGUUCGAUCGCUUCAAGAGCUAGAUACCCUUCUCGAGGCCGAUCCACAAAACACCGACGAUCAAUCCUACUUGAAAGAAUUUGAUACAGUGCGCAAUUUACUCGAACAAGUUGAAAGAUAUGAGCAACUUCAUAAUGAAGACGAGGUGCUUGGACGAGACCCUACGUGGGGAUUUUACGUGUUCGUGACGGAUUAUUCGCCUACUAAUAUUGAAAAUAUCCCCCGAGCAAUGGAAAACCUAGUAAAAGCGGUCGAGCGCAGUGCGCGAGAUAGUCCUUGUGUCUAUAUGGACGAGGUAUCCCGUCGCUUUAAGCUAGAUGUGGUUAAAGAUAAAGAGGCCUUAUUAGAUGCCUCGGGCGAUCGUGUACGGGAGGAGUUUAGGGCCUACCUUCGGACUACGCGCCUACUCGAUAGCAUAGGUUGUAUCUGGCCUCCGGCGAGGAAUAUGGCUUGUUUUGUUCUUGAUAGGAGUACGACUUCUAUGCUAGCCAAUCUUUCCUUCGAUGGCAAUCAGAUGGAUGAGUAUAAGGCGUUCGAGGGAAAAUCUAUCAAAGUUGUGGACUCGCUAUGGGAGCGCCCGCACAUGAAUACCUCCCCCGAUCGUGGUGUGCCCCCCCCUAUCGUGGUGUGGACCACUGUCCUCUUUAUUUCAUUCUCAGUCUUUAUCUUCGGCUUAUGA